AUGGUUGAAUCGCAUCUUCUCCAAGACAGAAUGAAAAAAUUCGACCUUCUAGCGUGCCAAACUACUUUCGAAUAUUUGCUCGUUCGUUUCCUCGCAUGCUACUGGUUCGUUUUUCGGGACGGCUUAUCAGUUGACGCUGUGAGUGUGGAGCGAAGACGACGGUUUUCAAAUGCUCCUGGCCGGCGCUUUUCAGCCAUGUCGUCGUCGCUCAUGGACGAUCGUUUGGCAUGCCUCGGUCUCGGCAGCGAAUCCCAGGCACCCAACCUGGUUCUUUGCCCGAAUGACGCAAAUGGCGACCUUGAAGACGACGACUUACCCAACGGCUGCCGACAAUGA